UCUCAGAUCCCGCAAACUCUUCUCCUUUCCCAACUAUUUCGGCGCAUAGAAAAUAUCGGUACCGUCCGAAAUGGCUACCAUGCGCACCGCUCCGUCGACUCUUAAGGUAGUUCCGUCUCUCUCCUCCAAGCUACCUCUUCCCUCCGCCUUUUCCGUCGCCGCUUUUCCCGGUCGUGCUGGGUUGUCAAACCGGAGAAUUGUCAUCGUCGCCUCCGCUGCUGGCGCAAAGCCGACGGUGCUUGUGGCCGAGAAGCUUGGGGACGCCGGGCUGACGCUGCUCAAGGAGUUCGCGAAUGUCGAUUGCUCGUUCAACCUGACGCCUGAGGAGCUGUGCACGAAGAUCUCGCUCUGCGACGCGCUGAUCGUGCGUAGCGGGACGAAGGUGAACCGCGAUGUGUUCGAGUCGUCCGGCGGGAGGCUCAGAGUUGUUGGAAGGGCCGGCGUUGGGAUUGAUAACGUGGAUCUGGCGGCAGCUACGGAGUUUGGCUGCCUCGUCGUCAAUGCUCCUACUGCAAAUACGGUUGCCGCCGCGGAGCACGGGAUCGCGCUCUUGGCCGCCAUGGCCCGAAAUGUUGCCCAAGCUGAUGCCUCUGUUAAAGAUGGUUAGUGGUCGCGCAUGUCAUUUUCCCUGACCAUACUUAGUAAUGAACUCGUGUUUGCUAUUCAGGAAGGAGUAGCAAUUGAAAUUGCUGAAGCUGUUGUUGGAGCCUUGAAAGGCGAGCUUGCUGCUACUGCAGUCAACGCACCAAUGGUUCCUGCUGAGGUUCUAACAGAGCUAAAGCCAUUUGUGGUGCUUGCUGAGAAACUUGGUAGACUGGCUGUCCAAUUAGUAGCCGGAGGAAGUGGUGUGAAAAGUGUGAAGGUGACCUAUGCUUCUUCUAGAGCUCCUGAUGAUCUUGACACGAGGCUGCUCAGGGCCAUGAUCACCAAGGGUCUGAUUGAGCCUAUAUCCAGUGUGUUUGUGAACCUGGUUAAUGCUGAUUUCACUGCUAAACAGAGAGGGCUUAGGAUUUCAGAAGAGCGUGUCAUUUUAGAUGGGUCUCCUGAGAGUCCACUUGAGUUCAUCCAGGUUCAGAUUGCUAAUGUAGAAUCGAAGUUUGCUAGUGCCAUAUCGGAGACCGGGGAGAUUAAAGUCGAGGGACGAGUGAAGGAUGGAGUACCUCAUUUGACAAAGGUAGGAUCUUUUGAGGUGGAUGUGAGCUUGGAAGGUAGCAUCAUCCUCUGCAGACAGGUCGAUCAGCCGGGCAUGAUCGGCAAAGUGGGGAGCAUUUUGGGUGAGGAAAAUGUCAAUGUCAGCUUCAUGAGUGUCGGAAGGAUUGCUCCGAGGAAGCAAGCCGUGAUGGCAAUAGGAGUGGAUGAGCAACCCAGGAAUGAAACUUUGAAGAGGAUUGGCGACAUUCCGGCAAUAGAAGAGUUUGUCUUCCUCAAGUUAUAGUUUGAGGGUCUCCGACUUUGUUUCCCUUCUCUGCCCAUUUCAAUUGGGAUUGUUACAAUUUACUCCCUUGUAGCACUCAGUUUUGGUAAAAUUUCAUUCUUGAGUUGUUCUGUUGUAGCCCUAGUUGUGGUAGGUAGAGGGAAUAAUUCAGCUUUCCUAUGAAGGGUGUUUCUCAAGGGUGUCUCCCUUAUUGGGUUAUCUAUAUAUUAUAUGUACUGAAAUAUCCUAUUUUACUUGCAGCUCUCUGUGCUUUAUGAAUGUGAAUUACCAAUGUAAACUCAUGGUUAGUUGUGUUAACCUAUAAAUAAUAAAUGCAUUAUAUCCUGUUUUUAA